AACAGUAAAUAUACAGAAACAAGUGUAAAACCCAACAAAAACCCCUAAACCUUGAUAUACAGUACAAUCACUAAUAUGAAGUCCCAAUGAUUUUGUUUCUCCAGAAACCCUAACUCCACUAACUGUUUCUUUUGCCGUUUAGGGAAAAUGGCGUCUCGGUAUAGAUCUCUCUCAAAAUCAAGCCUUUCUCUCUUCAAAUCCGCUAUGAGCAAGCCCACCGUGAAACCUAAUCCGAUACCUUCUCCUCUCUCUACUCGCUCAUCUCUUACAUCUUCAAGGCAAUUUCCUCAAUUGGGUGCUCUACAAUCUCUACUUCCCUUGCACUCGGCUGUAUCUUCAGCUCGGUUAACUUCGUGUCUUGGCAUCGAUUCAAGGAGCUCUCGGUCAAUGUCUCAGGGUAUGCUCUGCAGUGCAAACCCAGGAGUUUGAUAAUCUCCAAAUCUUUUAAUUUUAGUAUGUAACUAGGUCUCAGUGUGCCGCGAUAACAGAUUCAAGAUGGAAGAUGGCUGACAAAUCAGGGCCAUUGCUUGUCUUCUGAUACAUUCUGUUUUUCUGUACAACAGUUCCAUCUAGAGGUGCUAGUUGCAAGCAUUUGAAGUUUCUGUUGGAUUUCACAUGCCUUCUGUUGGAUUGAAGCAUCAAUCUAAUAUAAUACAAUACUCUCAUAUGAACAAAUAAAAAUUCUUGCCAUUUACCCUUUGUGUUUUUGCUAGGUAUUUUUGAAUGUAUAUCAACUUCCAAUUCCUUUGUCCAAUAAUUUUCCUCUUUUUACCAUAUUUCUGGAGAAAGAAGGCCAUAUGAACUAUUACACAUCACAUACGUUAAAGUGUUGAUUAUAAUUAGUACAUGAGUUUUGAUUAAGGAAUUUGUCAAGGGCAAAUGUACUAGAGCUAUCUUUAUGAAGAAACUAAGAUCAAUGUUAAUAAUACUAGGAAUUGUUAAAUUUA